AUGAUGGUUCGAUUAUGGAUAGCAACUGUGAGAUUCGGUUUUGAUUUUUAACGUCGUACAUCCCCGAUGAUUUGUCCUUCAAUUUACUUUACUUACUUUAAUUGGCUAUGACAAUAUGCCAACACCGUUCCUUUGAAUUUGUAAAGGAGGGAAGAUGCUGCCAUGGGUUUGAGUGGGUCUAGCUGGGCAGUUAAACAAGUGACGCACAGUGGGAUUAGAAAAAAUUAGUGCAAAUUAGUCUGCCAAUUGUGAAUGGGUACAGGUAUCUUCAAUGAUAACAAAGUGUUCGAAGCCGCCACAUCACCGAAUAGAAAGCUCCCUUAGCCUCGCAUAAGUGGUCGUGGCAAUUUAUCUAGCCACAAUAUCCAAAAACAUUAGAUGGUUAGUCCAAGGUAUCUUUGUCAGCACAACAAGUGUACUUUUGUAUACGGUGAUGGCAUGUAAAGCAGUUGUAGUCCUAUGCAUCCUUAGAAAUGCAUGCUGAUGCUCGGCGAAUUGAAAUUGUCCAACGAAAGGAGCGGGAGAAGUAGUCCCUCAUGGGUCUUGGCUACUGAUAAGAGAAGGGAGAUCGGUCUGUACGACUCCCCCUUGCUCGUGUCCUUUUCAGAUUUCAGUAGCGGGAUGAGACUGCCCCUCUUCCAAACAUCGGGUAAUAUAAUAGUGUUCAGAUAGGAUGAGGACAGUUGUAAGGUAAUCGAUUCCAGGCAGAUCCAGAUUCUUCAGCAUUAGGGUAGAGAACCAGAGCUUUGCUCGACUUGGCGCCACGGAUGACAUUUGUAGCUUCGUGCACGGUUGUUGUUGUAGCAGUGUGUUGUACACUGAAAGACUCCGACGGGCCAAUGAAAGACUCCGUCGGGCCAAUGCGGUACGUACAACCGGCUGCCAUGAGAUUACACGGUAAUUUAUGAUGGCUGUCCAGCGGCACGGAGAUCACGGAUAUACGAAUGGCUCCCCUUCUAGCCCUUUCACUCUCGGGUCAAUAAAUUGACGUUUAUCGAAGGAGAAUACCUCAAAAUCUCGUCAGCAUUUUUCAUUUAAAAAAACUGUUUUCCAAGCAAGCAAAUAAAAAACAAACUAAAACAAAAGUCAGCUGUUUUUCUGCAAAUUUUCACUAAAAGUCGUUCGCGUACUUUUGCCUGCACAUUUUUUUAAGAGAGUAUAAUGGCUCCUACUCUUCGGCAAAUUUUUAGUGGAAAGGUACGCGAACAUACCUAUUUUUUCAAACACUGAAAAAUUUUGACGUUUGUCAAAAAUCAAAAGUAAACAAGAUGUGUGCGCCACAUAAUAAUACAGGAAAAGCCAGAAAAUAAUAAUUAUUCACGUAAUGAAUAUUUUUCAUUACUGCUAACAGUUAUAUUACAAAUGCGAGCGUUACAAUAUGGAGAUAUGGUUAUGGAGACGUUUACAUGGAAAUGAUGAACGAAACUCAUGCCAGCUAAACAAACUAUUGAUACCGUUAUAGAAAAAUCACUUAACGGCGGCGACAUCAUUUCAAUAAACUACAAACACAAAACUGUACUUCUGUCCAUUAUUGUUAAAUAACAACCUUUAAGAAUACCGUUGCCAAUGAUAAUAAACAAUAGUUUUACUUAUUUUAUGCCAAAUAAGUCGUUUAAAUUUAGUGACAUCAGGCCGCACGCAAGUUGGUUACCAAAACGCAAAUGAAUUUACAAUAACUGACAUGGGACUUUGCUCAACAAAACGUCAAAAUUUGCUGUGCUGUCAAAAAUCUUACUAGCCCCUGGGCUACUCAAAAAUUAUUCACCACACUUAACGUCAUAUUUUUACUAUCCCUACAACUUUGCUACCAUUCGACACACAGCCUUUAUUCAUUUACAGAAUUUACCCAUUCAUAGAAUUUCAGCCCAAGUAACAUUUUCUAACAAUAAUUAUGAAAAAUUACAAUUUAAUUUACACAAAAUAUUUUGUUCAAAUUUGACAUUCUCAAUAGGUUUUUUAACGUACGAUAUUUUGAUUUUUUUUAAAUUCACAAUCAUUUGGGCUAUGCUGCGAUCUUGAAUAUUUUUAUGCAUCGAAUAGAGAAUACACAAAGUGUUGAGAGUUUAUUUUUAGAAUCCACUAUGCAAACAGCAUCCAUUAAUGAAAACGUAUUCUCAGUGAAAUAGUCUUUUUUUCACUAUUUCUGUGUUGGGGUGGUAGCACACCGACAGAUACAGCUGUUGAACAUCAUUUUUCUUUUGGGGUUAUUUAAUAUUGAAAAAGUAGAUUUUGAAUUAAAUUAGAGAGAAAAAAAGAGUUUGGUGUAUAGAAAUGGAUAAUUCGGAUAACACAUAUCAACAGAUUUGCAGUGCACGCACUGUGCAAUCGGACAAAAAGGGAUUUUUCAAUGAAUUCUAUUUGGAAGUGAAACAAUCAUGUGGUGAAAAAUGGCUGAAGAAUUAUUUUGGUGGUCUGAAAUCGAACGAAGCACGCAUUCUAUCCAUAUUCAGUGAUCGUGAAAUAUGUGAUCCCGUUUUGGGCGUCUUGGAGAAUGUGGUGCCGGUAUACAAGCUGAAGGAUGCCCUGUUCUCUUCGCAACGCCGCUUGCAGGCCGAUAAAUACCAUUUGCUAUGGUCAUCUUCGAAAAAGAAAGAAGAAUUGCAACAGGCCUUGGCAUUGGCCAACUUAGCGGUAAUGCGUGCCCCCGCCAAAGAUGUGGAUAUGCAAAUCGAUAAUGGCCUAACAUUGGCCUUGGCUUUAAGAUCGCGGGCUGUGAUUUUGAUAGCUUUGGGAGAAGGUGAAGCCGCUUUAUGCGAUCUAAAAUUGGCAGCCUCUUAUGGUUUGGACUCAAAGACCAGUGUGGACUAUUACAUCAAAAUGGCAAAGGCCUAUGCAUGUAUGGGAGAAUUAAGCCGAGCCGAAAUCUCUUUAAAACUAGCCGAAAAUUUUGGUGGUGAUCGCACUCUUACCGAUGCUUGUCGCCAAGAACUACCACAUGUCAAGGUUAUGGCCAAGAAAGAUCGUAUCGCCGCUCCUUUGCCAACGCAUGGUGAGAAUGGAGAUUUGAGAGGUGCAUCUAGCCUUGUGAAACUGGUGGAAACCAAAGAGAAGGGCCGUUUCAUUGUAGCCCAUAAUGAAGUCAAGACUGGCGAUGUGGUGUUAAGCGAGGAUCCAGUUGCAGCCUGCUUGCUACCAGCCUUCUAUGGCAGCAAUUGUCAUCAUUGCUUUGCCAAAUUAUCAACUCCUGUGCCCUGCCUUAAUUGUUCCGGCAUCGCAUUUUGUUCAGCACAAUGCAUGAAUGAGGCCUGCACCACCUAUCAUCGUUACGAAUGCCAAUUCAUGGAUUUAUACAUAGGUUCCGGCAUGUCCAUUUUGUGCUACAUUGCCCUUCGUGUAUUUACGCAAGCCAAAGAUGUAGACAGUGCUGUAAACACUGCCUCCCUGCUCUAUCAGAAUCUUUGCACCCACGAAGACUCCCGGCAAGCAGAUGAUUUAUUGCAGCGUUCCUUAAUGUCAGCUUUUCUCCUGAGGACCCUGCAAAAGAGUAACUACUUUGGACGACGUAAAACCGAAGGGGUGAAUCCCACCGCAGUAGAGUUGCAAGUGGGCACAGCCCUCUUGGGUCUGCUAGAGGUGCUGCAGUACAAUGCCCAUGAAAUCUACCAAACUGUGAGCUCUGAGAAACACUUAUUCGAAGGCUCUAAGGUGGUUUACAUAGGAGCCGGUCUCUAUGGCACAGCAGCCUACUUUAACCACGAAUGCUGGCCUUCGGUGGCGAGAUAUUUUGUGGGCAAGAAGUUGGUACUAACAGCCACCAAAGCUCAUAGAGUAAACGAAACAAUAGCUGAAAAUUAUGGACCUGUUUUUAUUAAGGCCAAUCUAAAAGAGAGACAACGGGCCUUAAGGGCUCGCUAUCUGUUCGAUUGCAAUUGUAUGGCAUGUCAGGAGAAUUGGCCAACUCUGCAGAAGUUGGAUAAGCAAGUACGAUUUUGGUGUCCCACCGCCAAUUGCAAUAACGUUUUACAAUUUCCCAAGGAUUUGAGCAAGGACGUGCGCUGUGUUCGUUGUCGUAAAAAUGUUUCCCUCAAGGAGAGCGUAGCUAAAAUGAUCAAAAUCGAAGAGCUGUAUCGUGAGGCAGCCCAAAAUAUGCAGGACCAGAGGGUGCCUGAAGCCAUAGAAAUGUUCAAAGAGGGCAUCGAUCUAUUUUUCCAAAUUGCCGUACUGCCCCACAAGGACACAUUGAUUGCCCAGAAUUCUUUAACCAAAUGCUUGGCUAUUCAAGCGAAAUAAUUCACAUUUAUCGAAAGCAUUUUCUACCACAUUUCUAAUAAAGUUGUUUUGUACAAGUU